CUGAGGUUCAGCUUUGUAUAAUUUAAUUUCUUUUUGUAUCAACUUUUAUGUAUUAAAACUCAUUUGUAUUAAUAAACUUUGGUUCUAUUUGACCUUACAUGGAGGCUCAACCGAAGAGCAAAAACGGAGCGCGGAAUGUUGCAUUCAAAUAAAAAGCCGAGUAAAUUCACAGCAGCCAAAAAAACGCAGAAGACGGAGCAGAAAAUUCGAAGAACGAAGCGGUUGCUGUCGAAGUAAGCAGCGAAAACAAAGCAGAGCACAGCAGUGAGAACAGAGCAGCAGUCAACGAAGUUGAGUUCUUCGAACAAAAGCAGAGUUCGACGAAGAAGGAGAGAAGAAAAAAUAAGAAGCAAGAAACAUGGCCGGUGAGAGAGAAGAAAAAAUAAGAAGCAAGAAACAUGGCCGGUGGUAACGACGUUGGAGAAUUAUUCAAAUUAUUUGUAGAAACAUUGAAGCAGAGUGACACAAACAAAAAUAAUGUGUCAAUCGAGGCGUUCGCGAAAAUUAUACCGUGUUUUGAUGGGGAAUCUAUUCCAAUUAGACAGUGGAUUGCUAAUUUCGACGAAAAUGCUGAGGCUUAUGAUUUGACACCCAAGCAAAAGUACGUCAACGCACGUAACAAAAUGAAAGACACAGCAGCAUUGUUUUUAGAAACUGUUACAGUAUCCAGCUAUGAGUCAUUGUGUAUUGCAUUACUGGAGGAGUUCGAGAAAACACCAAGCAGCGCGGAGGUACAUAAACAGCUAAGGCAACGACGAAAACUUGCAUCAGAGAAAUUUCAUGAGUACGUUCUUCAGAUGCGUAAAAUAGCAGCGGUAGGUAAUGUAGAAGAGGAAUCAGUGAUUUCGUACAUAGCUGAUGGUGUUGAAGUGCGAAAUGAUCUAAAAUAUCCCUUAUAUAGCGCACGAAGUUAUAAAGAAUUAAUCAAAGCAUAUGAAUUGAUCGAGCCGUUGGUUAAGCCUAACGAAGCAAGUAAACGUCGAUAUGCAGCAGGUGGUCGUGAGCAAAUUGAAACAGAUAAGAGUGGCAGCAACGUAGAGCGUAAGAAUCAGCAUUGUUUUAAUUGUGGUUCGAUACAACACAAAAGGGUCGAUUGCAAACAAGACACAAAGUGUUUUAAAUGUAAUGGCACGGGUCAUAUGGCUAAACAGUGUCCCGAGUAUAGGCGUAACAUCAACAUUGUAUUUAACAAAGAGCGAAUGAACCGGUUGACAAUUAAUAACAAAAACUUGUGCUGUUUGGUAGACACUGGCGCAGACGUGUCGUUAAUACGUAUGGGUGUGUAUGCGCAAGGAUUUAGCACAUGUAAAUUGCAGAAAAGUUUCGCUACACUAUAUGGUUUAGGCAACGUGACCGCAGAUGUGGUGGGUGAAUUUGUAAGAACAAGUCAUAGUCGACGGGUUAUGUACAAAGCACACCUUUUUAGUAAUCACAGAUAGUAAAAUCAAUGUAGACGUAAUCAUUGGGAACGAUUUUUUAAAAAAAUUUGUUGUAACAAUGGACGGCAAUGGGUAUUGCUUUCGUCAGAUUGAAGAUAACACAAGUGCUUGUAAUGUUAAUUUUGUGAGUAGCAACAAUGAAGUAGAUGUCAAACCUAAACUCAAGAAGGUGAUUGAAAACUAUAAGCCGAGUUUUAUUCAGUUGAACUGUCCAAUUAAGUUGAAUAUUGUUCCAAAAAAUAAUGAUAUCGUCUUUCGUGAGUCUCCUACUCGUUUAUCAAUAGCGGAAAUAAAAUUUGUAAAGGAACAAGUAGAUGAAUGGUUGCAGAAAGGCAUUAUACGUGAGUCGUGCUCAGAGGUCGCUAGCAAGGUGGUAUUGGCGAAGAAAAAAGAUGGUCGCUACAGAUUAUGCGUAGACUUUCGUAAACUAAACACAAUGGUGUUAAAAGAUAGGUUUCCAGUACCAAUUGUUGAAGAAGUACUUGAAAAAUGCAAGCCGCAAAAUAUUUUACCGUCAUGGACCUUUCAAAUGGUUUCUUCCACGUCGAAGUUGAAGAACGUUGUCGAAAAUAUACAGAGUUUGUAACGAAAGAAGGAAUCUAUGAAUUUAACAGAGCUCCAUUUGGCUUUUGCAACUCUCCCGCCGUUUUUGUACGCUACGUUAACUAUAUUUUCCAAAAAUUAAUAAACGAAGGUAUAAUGGAAAUGUAUGUAGAUGACAUCGUAAUUUUUGGGUGUACAGAAGAACAAUGUUUAAGCAAUAUGCAACGGGUAUUACAACAAGCGCAGCAGUAUGGGCUAGAAAUUAAGAGGGCAAAGUGCCAAUUUCUAAAAAAUCGAAUUCUUUUUCUUGGACACGAGGUUGAAGACGGGCGUGUCUGGCCUGGGCAAGGUAAAGUUAAAGCAGUCAAAAACUUUCCGAUACCAAAAAACGUACGAGAUGUACAGGCGUUCUUGGGUUUAACCGGAUAUUUUCGAAAAUUUAUACGAGACUACGCUAAACAUGCCAGACCAUUAACAGAACUGCUCAAAAGAGAUUCAGUAUUUCAGAUUGGAGAGACAGAGGUUAGAGCGAUCAAUUACCUGAAGUCGGCACUCACGUCAGAACCAGUUUUACAAAUAUAUGUACAAGCAGAAUGCUAAUACGCAGUUACAUGUCAAUGCAUCGAAACAAAGCUUUGGUGCAACACUUUUGCAGCAGCAUGACGGAAAGUGGCAUCCUGUUUUCUAUUGGAGUAAAAAGACUUCCCCACAAGAGGAAAAAUUACACAGCCAUUUCCUUGAAGUUAAAGCAGCUUAUUUAGCAUCCAAGAAGUUGCGUCACUACCUGAUGGGCACAGAAUUCACCUUGGUGACAGAUUGUGCGGCUUUCAAGCAGACAAACGGAAAAAAAGAUAUGCCACGUGAAGUGGUGCAAUGGCUGAUGUAUCUUCAGGACUUUUCAUUUAAUAUAGAGCAUCGCGCCGGAAGCAGGAUGAAACACGUGGACAGCUUAAGUCGAUUUCCCGUGAUGACAGGAACGUCAGAGGUUCAAGCUCAGAUCUUAAGGGCCCAGACGAAAGAUGAUCAUUUGGCAGCUGUGGCAGAGAUCCUAAAAACAAAGCAGUACGGCGAUUAUAAAAUAAAAAACAAGUUAAUCUACAAGCAAGUUGACGGGCAAGAUUUAUUGGCGGUUCCGAAGAAGAUGGAGGGCGAAAUAAUAAAGGAGACGCACAGAUUUGGUGCAUGGGGUGUAAAAAAAAAACCAUACAUGCUAUACGGCAGAACUAUUUUAUCCCACAUCUCGAAAAGAAAGUUCAGCAGACUAUCAAAAACUGUAUAGAAUGCAUAAUGCAUAACCAGAAGCUGGGUAAAAAAGAUGAUUUUCUACAUUGCAUCGCCAAAGGUGAUAUUCCACUAUCUACGCUUCAUAUUGACAUUUUGGAUACAUUGGUUGCGACAUCAAAGAGCUACAAAUAUAUUUUUGCUGUCGUGGAUGGUUUUUCCAAAUAUACUUGGAUAUAUCCUACUAAAACUACAGAAACACAAGAACUUGUAAGACACCUCGAGUCAUGGGUGACAAUUUUCGGCAGUUCGCAGCGUAUAAUAAGCGAUACGGGUACAGCUUAUACUUCCAAAAUGUUUAAAGAAUUUUUUAGCAAAUAUAAAAUCGAGCCUGUCGAGAUAACAGCGGGCGUACCAAGGGGUAACGGUCAGAUUGAGAGAGUCAACCGAGUUAUUCUUUCUGUUUUAGCGAAGAUGUCAGCAGCAGAACCGGACAAGUGGUAUAAGUACACGUCACAAGUACAGCGGGCCAUUAAUUCUCACAUUCAUGAUUCGACAAAAUUUACACCAUUUGAAAUUGUGUUCGGUGUGAAGAUGCGCAUCGAAACAGAUAGCGAGCUGCUAAAGAUACUGCAAGAAGAGGUACAAGAAGGUAUGCCAACAUGGGUACCAGGUAGCUGAUUUAGGAGCCAUUAAGGUUACUCAGUUUAUAACAGGCAAAAAACUAGCCAGUAAGUAUAUUGGUCCAUACGAGGUGGUUAAGAUCAAAGGGCAUGGCAGAUAUUGUGUUAGAAAGGUUGCUGAUUUUCAAGGACCACUCCAAACGUCAACUAAUGCAGAUCAUAUGAAACUGUGGCGUUACGUCGAAAAUGGUGAAGAUGACUUUCAUGAGGAGUCAUCUAAGACAAAUGAUGAUCAGGAUGACCGAAUGUAAGGUGGCAACGCUGGUCAAUAGAGGACAGCCGGGCAGGAAGAGGUGAGGAAGAGAGUACGCAAAGAACCGACAGCAACACAGUGUGAAUUUGGCUUUCAAAGACUGAGGUUCAACUUUGUAUAAUUUAAUUUCUUUUUGUAUCAACUUUGAUGUAUUAAAACUCAUUUGUAUUAAUAAACUUUGGUCCUAUUUGACCUUACAUGUAUGUCUGUUGGCGGUACGAAGAAACCACCUAAUUCGCUUGUUAGUUAGGUUAGAUGACUGAUCAGAAAUCGCACGUGGACUAAUAGAUGUUGUUGACGCCGCCCCCGCCCAAUUUCUUUUGUCUCGUUUGUACCGGCAGAGCAAUCUCGUCUUCGAAGUUUUAGUUCGAACGCAACCAAACAUUAACUAGAAAAAAGUUGCGCUCUCUCUUCUUUUGCGACAGCUCAACCGAUCCAGACGUGUGAAAACUUCUUUAGGCGCGUUGUGCACUGAUUUUGUGGGUACUGAAACAGACUGAGCCGUUACGCUCGGCUAUGUAACGCUAAUUCGUGUUAAGUCGGCUGCAGUCUGCUGAGGGAUGGGAGAGAGAAUAGUUAAAUAUGGGUAUUGAAUGAGACUGAGCCGUAACGCUGCUAUGUAACGCUCCAUCGGGUAAUAGAGGCUCGGGGCCACCAAGGGGAGGAGAGAGGGGGAGAGAGAGAGAAGCAGAAGGCAGAGCGAGAAAGGCGUACUAAACGCGUCACUGCUAUAGUCACUCGGUAUGGUAGAAUUUGGCAAUUCAAAUGAACGUUACAUGACAGAGCAUGACGCAUCAGUCGCAUUUACUCUCGAGACGUAAACACAUUGUGCACUGUGCCAAUAAUUACAUUUUAUUUGAAUGGCAAAAAUUAAAGGCUCUAAGUCAUCACUUUUGUCAGAGAUGGAAGACCAAAUAUUUAAAGGAACUUUAGGAACGAAAGAAAUGGAAACAUUCCCAACAGUAGUUCGUUAUGAAAAUGUACCUCCAAAUGAAUGGAGAUUAGGCAGCGUCAUCAGAAUAUAUCCUGGGUUGGACCAACGAGAUUGCCAUUGUACCCAAUCAAUGUUAAUUUUAAAUUCUCACCUUAAUAAUCUUCCUUUUUAUUUAGGAAAUUAUUUAAAAUAACGACAAUCAACUGCCCCUAUGCAUAGAUAGUCAUCUCCUUCGCUGGUGCCCAAAGUCUCGGCAGAUGUCCCCAGAAGUUAGCCGGCCACCCCAUCUGAAGCGAAAGCGUGGACGAUACGCUCGACGUCAAGCAUAUGUACACCAUAUCACCAAGGAUAGGCAGGCAAUACUAGUCGCCGAGUGUGCGAUCUAAUGUUUCGGGACAACCAGGGAGGAGAAUCUAAUACAACGUCGUCCAUUACCACCGACGCCAGUAAGGUCUCUGGAAGACCACACAUUUCAACACUUCCAGAAUCUGAGACUGGCAGACAACGAGUUCUACAAGUCAGCGCCAGUCGAGGUAAUUUUGAGAGCUCCCGGCUUAUGUUGCCAGGGUUACAACCAGCGGCAGUUUGUCAACUCAUCGCCCAAAAUAAGGCACUGGGAUAUAUAAUAUCCGGCAUCUUAUAAUAUCGGCACAAUAAAGUGCACUGACUGUCGACGUCUCUCGCAUUUACCACCUACCCAGGAUCGAGUUAGAUUCAAGUCGUCUCGCCGACCUCGGAAUGUGGUGACUACUAGGCAAAUUGGCGGCACGACCGACUGAGACUCGAUUCAUCUCAGCGGCGUUUCCCGAACCGAACCAGACUUCCAUCUGCAAAGGAGACGUGUGAGAGGAAGUACAGGACACAUUAACUGGAAAAAAGUUGCGCUCUCUCUUCUUUUGCGACAACUCAACCGAUCCAGACGUGCUUGAAAAGCAACAAGAUAUGCAGCAGAUGAUUGGAGAACCUGUUUUUUAAUUUUUUCGGCGAUACUUUUUGGUUUUUUUGAUUUUUUUUUUUACAUUUCUUGGUGGCAGAUUUUCGUCAUUGACAAGAUCAGUUGAAGAUUGAAUUUCUUCUCUCUGUUUUACAGGAGGCCUUCAAGCGCCGCACUUUCAACUGAACCAGCUCCCACGUCGCGCCUAUGUCGGUUUUUUCUAUUAGUCUUUUAUAAAAAAUGUGUACUUUCGCUACCUAUUAAUAAUAAAAUUAUUGUUAAAUAAAUAAGUAAUGAAUGGGUUAAAAUGUUUGCAGUCACCACGAAUUGCUUGUGGAUAAAGAUGCCAAUAAGUGCUCACAGCAGAAAUUUUAUCUUUUCACUUACCUCAAAUUAUAUAGCUUCUUGCAAAAGGUCCAACAUAUAUUUUUGAUUUAACUUUCUUUGCACUCUUUUCUCGUUUUUACAUGUUUUUUCAUUUUUUUUUUUGUACAACGACAUUAACAUAAUUCAAUGAAUUAAAA